CCCCAAACUAUCCUUUGACCGUUACAACGCCAUGAGCAAGGCUCUCAACUCCACCGGCCGACCCAUUGUCUACUCCAUGUGCAACUGGGGCGUCGACGGUCCCUGGAACUUUGCGCCUACGAUCUCUAAUUACCGAAGAACUCCUGGAAACUUGAUUAACUUUGCAACUGUAAAGUCCCCCUAAUGCCUAAUGAAGAGCAACAGCAUGACCCAAAUCGACCCUCCAAACCCUCUCCAUCUCCCAAAACCUAUCAACCAAGACCCUGCGUCCGCUCUCGCCAUCCGCCGCUGGUGCAAGUACCUCGACGACGAAAUCUACGAAUACGGCAAGAAGGGCAAUGUCCAGCUCUACAGUGGUUUACUCAGUGGUGAUGACCAGGUCAUCCUGCUUCUGAAACCAGGUACCAAGACCUCUGAGAUGACCGCCUCCCUCGCAGAAAUCCUCUGGGACAAGGCAUUAAAAGAACUGCGACGCAAGCCGCUAGCUCUUGGGACAUUUACGAUCUCUGGGCGAACUGGAUGAGCAACGCGACUGCUUCUGCGAUUGUUAGUGGUGGGGGUAAGAACGUGACUGGU